AUGAAUACAAACUUCCCACCACCAGGCAUUAAAGAUUGGAAAACGAGACUGAGCUACUUCCUGCAGAACUCUUCCAGUUCUACUAAAAUGAAAUCCAAGAAAGCAGGGAAACACCGCAACUACUUCAGACCUUCCCCUGAAGAAGCCCAGCUGUGGUCAGAAGCUUUUGAUGAACUUCUUGCUAAUAAAUAUGGUCUUGCUGCUUUCAGAGCUUUUCUGAAGUCUGAGUUCUGUGAAGAGAACAUCGAGUUCUGGCUGGCCUGCGAGGACUUCAAGAAAACCAAGUCACCCCAGAAGCUGACAUCGAAAGCAAAAAAAAUCUACAAUGACUUCAUUGAAAAGGAGGCUCCCAAAGAGAUAAACAUAGACUUCCAAACCAAGAACAUGAUUGCGCAGAAUAUUCAAGAAGCCACACAUACCUGCUUCAGUGCAGCACAGAAGAGAGUUUACAGCUUGAUGGAGAAUAACUCAUACCCACGGUUUUUGGAGUCUGCCUUCUAUCAGGAGCUGUGCAAGACCACACCCAUCACCAGAGCAGCCCAGGGGACAUGAGCAAUGGAGAAGAGCGAGGAGAAGCCUUUCUGCUAGUAAGGAAGCAAGCCACAGCUCAUGGCAGCAUCCUGACCUGAAAGACUGAGAUACCGAGUGCUCAGUCUCUUUGCUGCAGUGCAAGGACAAACACUGACUUUGGUGCAAAGCUGAUGGCAGAGUGACACUGCUGGAGGGCAGUCAGAGGUGUGAUGGCAGAAGCAUGCCAGCCAGCUGCUGGCGAUGUGCUUCUCUGCGAGUGCUGCAGUGAAAGGUGACUCCAUGCAUUAGACCAAACCGUACAGGGUACAGGUCCUUCUGUCACAACUGAGGUGGUGGUGCAGCAGGUCAGAACAGAGCUUCCUUCCUGCAAACAGAAGCUGCUCUGUGCAGUUGCACAGUGCUGGGAACUUGAGUAAUUAGUUGUGUAUUUAUUUUUCUUAAACAUCAACCAGUCUUGCCAUCAUCAGUUGCUUGAUGUGUUCACACUGGUUCUGUAAACUGCCUCUAGCUGCAAAGAGAUGCAUUGGGUUUCUGUGUGACUUCCAGAUAGUAACAGCACUGUGCAGUGAAGCAAGGAGGGGAUACAGCUCUCUUCCCAGAGGAAUGGGUUCCACAACUGAAGUAUGUGGGCCUGGGUUGUGUCAGCAGGGCUGCAUGAGGCCAGACCAAGGGCAAAACUUGGCCAAGGUGAACAGGAGCUGUAUAGUAUUAUAUUUAUAUGCAGAUUAUGAUUGUGUUGAAUGCUGCAAUGCUGUCAGAAUUCUGU